CCUGUGCCCUCUGACCCGGGAGGAUCCACUACUGAGCAGCAGCCCAAGGAGUUACCUCGCCGCUGAAUCCCCAGGGCUGCCCGCCCAACUCAGUCAUGGAAACCGCCAGCACCCCUGAGGCCACAGGGACAGGCAAGUACAUUGCCUCAACACAGAGACCCGACGGGACGUGGCGCAAGCAGCGGAGGGUCAAAGAAGGAUACGUGCCCCAAGAGGAGGUCCCAGUGUGCGUGGUUAGGCUUAACGGGGUUUUUAGUGGGUCCCUACACAAGUAUAGCGUAUUAUGCCGUGGAGUUCAGGGAUGAAUCGACUGGGCCCGAAAGAAAUGGAAAGAGGGACAACGGUCUCAGGAGAGGAAGGAGCUGGGAAUGAGGGAUAUGAAAACAAGUAUGUGAAGUUUUUCAAGAGUAAACCAGAACUUCCCCCAGGGCUGAGCCCUGAGGCCACCACGCCAGUCACCCCAUCCAGACCCGAAGGUGGUGAAGCAGGCCUCUCCAAGACAGCCAAACGCAACCUGAAGCGGAAGGAGAAGAGGAGGCAGCAGCAGGAGAAAGACGCAGAGGCCCUGAGCAGGACUCUUGAUAAGGUGUCUCUGGGAGACACAGCCCAGACGCCUAGUGCUCUCCACGGCCCCCAGGCCACACCUAUAGCUGCCUCUGAUCCAUCCGACUCUGCUGCCACCACAGAGAAAGCCAAGAAGAUCAAGAAGCUAAGGAAGAAGCUGAGACAGGUGGAGGAGCUACAGCAACGCAUCCAGGCCGGGGAGGUCAGCCAGCCCAGCAGAGAACAGCUGGAGAAGCUGGCUCGGUGGAGGGUUCUGGAAGAGGAGCUGGAGGACUUGGAGUUGGGCCUGUGAGGCUUCAGGAAUAGGGGAGUGGACUGCAGAACAAACCAUGGGGUGCUCUGGGGUCCAGGGAGUGUGGGCUGCAGCAGUCAGGAGGGACACCCCCAUACUGGCUCACCUCCACCUCCUGUGGCCCGACUCCGUCCUCCAGAGCCUAGGCUCUCCUCCAUCCCUUCCCCUUCCUCUCAGCUCCGGUUUUUGGACUUUCCCCUUCCGUCCCAGUGUUCACAAUCUGAGUGCCGACCAGAGGUACUUCUGCUGCUGAUCUGGGUGUCUUGUUGAAACUGGGGGGUGGGUGUCUGUUAUAGAUCUGAGGGUACAAGGAGUACCCACGUUUUGGAGUCUUGGUUCCUGUUCACAGUGUUUAUGAGUUACUUCCCUGGCCAUCCUGAACCUCUUCCUUAAUUUUUUUUUUUUUUUUUAAAGAAAGUAAGAAUAAAUUCAAGUAGACAACAUGUG